CACGAUCACGAUCUAAGUGUGCGUACAAAGCGGACAUAAAACAGACCCUCGACCGUGCCGCAGCGCUGUCGAUAGAUCCAGUAACGCGUCUACUGCGAAGUUGAGCAGGUGCUCCCGGCAGGGCAGAAACCGGCUUCAAUCUAACCGUAGUACUGACACGGAGCCUUUUAAAAAGUGGCUAGAGAAUAAAGGGGAAAAAAUGGCUGUAAUUAAAGGAGUCCUUCUUAUUAUGUUUGUUCACCUCUUUUGUGUUGUUCAAAACCGGAUUCAACCGGCAGAGCGUGUCUUUCCAACCGACAUCAACAAAGCAUUCAUACCGACUGUCCGCCAAACGCUUAAUGAUUGUCAUCUACGCUAUCAUAAGUAUGGCGAUUAUUAUCUCGUGUAUCCAAUCUACGGUGUACCCGCAAGGCAGGGAGAAUUCGCUCAUAUGGCGGCAAUCGGUUGGCGACAGUCGAACGGUUCAAUCAGCUUCGACUGUGGAGGAUCGCUCAUAACGACACGCCACGUGCUAACGGCAGCCCAUUGCGCUAUAAACGAUGAUGGGGUCGCCCCACAAGUGGUACGUUUGGGUGUGAUUGACAUCACCGCCGGAUUGUACGAUCCACAAAACCAGUUUGCCCAGGAGUACACCAUCGCGACCUUUAGGCGUCAUCCGGAACAUGAAUUCCGUACGGAAUAUCACGACAUUGCACUCGUUACGCUGAACCGUGCCGUUACACUAAGCAGUGCGGUAGUACCGGCGUGCCUUUGGACUGGUGCCCAGGUCCCUAUGCGACGCUUAGAAGCGGCCGGCUUUGGCCAAACUAGUUUCGGUGGCGAACGUACCCCGAUACUGCUGAAGGUACAACUUUCGCCCGUCGAUAAUGCGGCGUGCGGUCGGUUCUAUCCACCCGGGCGACGACGGCGACAGGGUUUGAUCGAUCAGCAGCUUUGUGCGGUCGACGAACGGAUGGACACGUGCCAUGGUGAUUCUGGCGGUCCGCUUCAAAUUAAACUGAUGGCAAACAAUCGGCUCAUACCGUUCGUUGUGGGUAUUACAUCGUUUGGCCGGUUUUGUGGGACAGCUACACCGGCCGUUUAUUCGCGAGUCUCCUCGUACGUGGAUUGGUUACAAACGGAAACAGGACAAUCGUUCGAUGCUAGAGCCUGUGCCGCCCGUCACAUUAAUGAGCGCGAAAUUGAGGAAGCGAUGGUAGCUAAUCGUGUAGGCGAUAACUUAUUCGUUGAACCAGAGAAAAGUUACAUGGAUUUGGAAACGGUAGCGAAACAUCGUGUAUAUCUUGGAUAUAGCACCUCCACUGGACGUAUCCAAUGGAACUGUGGCGGUGUGCUGAUCAACGAGAACUACGUGCUCACGGUUGCUCAUUGCGAUCGGUUCAUUCUCAACAAAACGCCCGAUUACGUGAAGGCGGGUGAUAUAGAUAUUUUUAAAGAUCACCCCCAGGCACAGAUCGUUCAGAUCGAACAAUUCAUAAAGCAUCCCGACUAUCGAGACGGUGGUUCCAUCGAUAAUGAUAUAGCGCUCGUUAAACUACGAAGCAACCUAAGAUUGGAGCCGAACGUAGUGCCCGCCUGUAUACUAAACUCAGAAGCGCUUACGCUUCCAUUCUACGAAAUGGCUGGAUUGGGUCCCUACAACAUGAAUAACUUUCUGAUGGAUGAUGAACCUUUAUCGAACAAUAAUACGCUAGUAUUAACGAGAAUGAGAGCAGACAGUAGUUCGUGUAGCUGGCAGUCGAGCAAUAAGAUCAUGUGCACCAAAAAUAACCAAUCGCUGGUACCUGGAACAUGUCGGAUCGAGCACGGUGGUCCUUUGGAAAGAGAAAUCUGGCACCAUGAUCGGUACUACACGUACGUGUUCGGUUUAACCGUUGCCGGUGAUGAUUGUGGGUUUGGAGAGGAAGCAAGCUAUGUAAAGAUUGCAUCGCACAUAAGAUGGAUAGAACAGACGGUAUUGGGUAACAAUAAUAGACGCAGCCAAAUCAGAUCUACCCGAACAAAGCGUCAGAUUGUGUUUCCAAACUCGGGCGAAUAUGUUCCCACGUACUCGGUGAUACAAUCCUGCCAAUUGCCAGAUGGACGUAGAGGCUCCUGCAUGCCGUAUCGGUCAUGUGCGACCAAUCUUAUGGGGACAACCAUUUCCAUAUGUCAGCACGGUAUCGAACCGAUUGUUUGCUGCGAUACUACAUCGACCACUACACUAACACGACCGACGCGCCUUUCUGCUUCCGGGUCUGGCUAUAAGCUAAACAAUUGUGUAUCGUACUGGAAGCAGUACAAACGCCCUCCUAUAGAGGAGUUCGAACACAUCCCUUCCGAGGGAAGACCGAUCGGUGAAGAGGAGUAUCCUCACAUUGCUGCGAUCGGGGACGCACAGCAGAACGCCUGGCCAUGUACAGGUGUUCUGGUGAGUGAUCGAUACAUAAUUAGUGCGGCUAGCUGUCUCGCAUCUGGCCGCGGGUUAAGAUCGGUCGGGUUGGGUUUUGGAGUUGGAAGGCCCAACAUAUUCGAAAUAGACGAGAUCAUCAAUCAUCCCUCCUAUGGGCGAAGGUUAAAGGAUAAUUACAAUCUGGCGUUGAUACGGGUGAAGAAUCCGGUUCGAUUCUCUUCCAGUAUGCUGCCGGCUUGCUUGUGGACCAAGAGUGAUAUGGUUCCUUUGAAACUAUACACUGUUGGAAGAGGUGCACGUGGACAAAUGCAUGUUUAUCCGAGAAGCGCCAUGUACAAUGCAGACUGCCGUGCGUUACCCAGUGGCGACAACUCCAUUAUGGAUGCAGAAAACGUAUGUAUAGAAAACUACUAUUCCACCGAUACCGUUUGUGCGGAUUUGGCCGGCAAUCCGGUGGAAGGAAUUGUCGAUUACAACGGUACACGUAUUCCCCUGAUCGUGGGAACAACGUCCUAUACGAUGGGAUGCUUAACAUCUGCGAACACACAAACAAUUUCAAUCUUAUCCCGGAUUGCGGUACACAUGACAUGGAUAAAAGAAAUCGUUGAACGAUAGGCUUCGUUUAUAUCAGACAGAUAACCAGUUGGUAAUAACCGAAAAUGGAAAAGGAAAAAUGACAACAAUAAAAGAUACAAUUUUUUUUCACAACUUUUCACUAACUAUUGCAGCACGAAUUGCAUAGUAACAAAAACUUAAAAGCUUAAGCUACACUAAAACUCUUCUUUUCUUUAACGUUUAACGCUUUUCAACUCUUAGAAAAAAAACCUCUUAGUUUUUACGUUACAUGCCGAAAUGGUACUUAAAUUGAUUUUAUUACACAUAAUACACCCGUCAGCUAGGUUUUUGUACACUA